GGCGUCACGGUUACCUCAGCAACCGAUUAGGCGUCACCAGUCUCACCUGCAAAUUCAUGAGUGCGCACUUCUUCUGGGAGGCCGUCUUGUGUCUUCAGCGGAAGAACAGCUCCUGUGUGUCGCGCAGAGGGGAUUAUUUUAUGAAAGGCAAUAACCCAGAUGUCUUUUCUCAUCGUUUUGGGUUGUGUGUUUUCGUGCUGUAGCGGAGCUGGAAGUGCCAAGCCGAAGAACAUCACUGUGUGGGUGCUGUUAGCGUUACGCAGCAGUAGCCAACAUGGCUGAGGAUGAUAGUGAUUGGGUUAUAGAAAGCAUCGUUGGCUACCUAGGAAGUCCCGAAUGGGUCAUUCCUGUCACGGACUUUAUGGAAAACAAAUGCACAGUUUUUGAUGACGAAGAUGAAAAUAAGUUGGCAUACACAGAAAUCCAUCAGCAGUAUAAGAAGUUGGUGGAGAAGUUGUUAGAGAAUUACAUGCAGGAGGUUGGCAUCAAUGAGCAGCAGUUUCUGGAUGCAUGCAGCUCUCCUUUUGCCAAGUCCAAAACUCUACAGUCAGUGUUCCAGCCAGUUCUGGCUACAGAUGACUUCCAGAUGUUUCGCUCCCUGAUGGUCCAGAAGAACAUGGAGCUGCAGCUUCAAGCCCUCAGGGUCAUUAAAGAAAGAAAUGGGACCCUCCCAGAGUGUCUGACUGAUGGUAUGGACGUGAUGACCGAGUUGCAGCAGCAAGAGAUGAAAAUCCUGCAGGAAGUUCUCAAAAAGUCAAAGCAGGAGUAUGAUGAGGAAAUGUCCAGGAGGCUGCUAUUAGACGAAGAGGUUGGUUCCACCUCCAGUGGCUACGUUGAAGCCCAGAAUACCACCUCUGCUCCCAGGCAACAAAGCAGCACAGCAAAGGCUAAUGGCAACUCUGUCAGAAAAGAAGAGAGGAUGACAGCUGCCUCAGAAGGUGGAGAUAAGACAAGUGAAGCUGAGAGCAGUUCCUCAUCUAGACCCACAGCAGACUGUGGCAGUAAUAGUGUGGAGUCCAGUGAGCCCACCAUCAGCAGCCAGGCUGCAGCUGAGGCGUUGCUGGAGGAGGCACACAGGGAGGCUGGCUUUUCUAAACCAUAUACUGAGCUGUCAGUGUCUCAGCAGGAGCAGCUCCAGCAGAGGACGACGUAUUUGCGCCAGCAGCGAGACAAGCUGCAGGCAUUGAAGAAAGAACAGCAGAAAAGCAGGCAGACAACCACUCCAGAGGAGGCACCCACCAGCCCCACACCGGCAUUCACCACCUCCAAGGAGGCAAUGGGGCAGUCCCAGAGGAAUGGGGCCUGUACCCCUCCUCUGCCUCCUCCUCCAGCACAACAGUCUAUCUCCUCUAAACAAAAGGAGAUGUCUGCUGAGGAGAAGAAGAAGCUGCAGAAAAGAAAACAUCUGGCUGACAAGCUGAAAGAGGAAGUAAUCAAGAAAUAACUUUGCUUCCAACUGCAAUAUUCUCCUUUGUCUUUUUACUCCUGACAUCAAAUACAUGGCUUUUUAACACUGCCCCCUUCAUCCCGAUAAUUCACUUUACAUAAUACAUAUCAGGCUUUAAAAAAAUAAAUAAAUAAAUAAAAGUAUGAGAUCUUCCAUU